AACAAAAUACUCGUCACGUGCGAUGUCAUUCAAGCAAUAAGACGUCAGUAAAGAUGGAGUGGGGUGUCACUGGUCCUUUCAACGCGCUGCACAAAGAGCUUCUUGUCAUCAUCUUCAGGGAUCUGUCCAAUGAAGAUAGGUGUUCCUGCUGUCAAGUCUGUAAAAGGUGGAGAGAGGCAAUCAUCUCUGAGCCCUCCAUCUGGCACAAGUUCGAGGUCACUGUCCAUCCUGGCUGGAACUGGAAAAAAACCCGCUCAUUUUUUGGUCACAAAGGCCCCAGAUUGUACCUCCAUGUCAGACACCUUGUAAUCAACUUGGACAGAAGAGCACAAGGACCACAAACUCUUGAUGCGCCUCAGGCAAACGCUGUUCUCAGCUCAAUGUCCAAACUGUUCCGAGCCUUGCCUCAUGACAUGACACUGAGAAGUUUCUCUUGCUCGGGUUUCAAGUAUUACAAUGCUAGUAAAGACUGGAAAAGUCGUGUCAUCUGUGAAUUAUGUAAAUUUCUGAGACGUCAGAGAAGAUUUUUACAGGAAGUCAGCUUCACAUCUCUGGAACUGCAGUCGAAGCCUAGCAGCGGGACCCUGCUCAUGGCGGUUGCUCCCAAAGAGGCAGGCAGGGGCAAAAUCAAGCGCUUGUCUCUCAUAAAAAUGUUACAAAGAACCGCCACACCAGAUAGUUCUUUCGUUAAAGCCAUAGGACGAUUUUCUCUUUUAGAGCAUAUCGAAAUCACAUUCGAGCAUCUGACCGAUGAGAUAAUGAAGACCCUGGUGUUUGCCUGCCCUCUCCUGAGACGCAUUACCAUUCUGUUUGAUUUAAGUCUUCAACACUAUCUUCCAGACCAGAUCCCUCAGCUGUCUCUUAAUGAGGUUGUGGACAAGAACCCUGACUUGCGGGUCGUGUUGUGGCUCAUGGUGGGGGAUAAUAUAUAUGGCAACAUCAUGAACAUGAGCAUGUAUCUGAUUCAAUUACCCGUCGAGGGACUCGUUGUCGAUGUCUACAGUCUGACAACAGUCACGCCCGUUGUCAAUUGUUACCUCGACAUGAUUGCCAAGCGAUACGGAAACUAUCUAACUUACCUGGAGUGGUCGUGUGUGGUGCGGGGCAGGUUGUACUAUAGCCCAUCUCUUGUGAACCUAGUGAACAAGUGUCCCAGACUGGUGUCCAUCUCACUGAAGAACAUCAUUCUCGAUUUGGAUAUAGCGAAAGCCAUCAGUGCCUGCAGCAGCAGCGCCGAGCGAGGGAAGAUAAAGCUGCGAGUGGGAGGAAUCUGUGCCAGCAGUGAGGCAUCAUCCAAUGCACUGGAAGAAGGCAUUCGACAGUUGAAGGACAGUCUCGAUCUUCAAGUAGUUAUGUAAGACCAAGCUUCUU